CAACUCCUGUGAAUGCAUUCCGCUCACGACCUCAAAAAUUGUCAUCGCCGUUAACAUGUACCUGCUUUUUUCCUGGUGAAUAUGCUCGACCUGUGCAGGCUGAACAAUGCUGUGGCCAUGGGAAUUGAUCGUCCUAUCGUGUCACCGCGCGUCAAUCAAUGCUGUCCGCUCUCACGUAUAACCUGCUUGUUAGGUCCACCCGGGUUGUCUACGACCAAAAUUACAGCAUCCCUUGAUUCCCAAAUAAUCGGACUGCGGUGCAGUAGCUAUGCUGAAGCUUAGCUGCCCUGAGUUGCGAGGCGAUGGCUGUUCUGGUGGACAAGAAAUCAUAAAUACAAAGACACGAGGCGCGCUUGAAGGCUUCUGGCGCCAUCACCUUGGACGGCAUCCUCCCUCGCGUGCGAUCCCCGCAGCUCGACGUUCACCGUCUACCGUCAACUUACCCGCUCCUUCACGCCGACUGUGUCCGCUCGUAAUGGAGACUAACGCCCCUCCGCCGUUCAACAAGCAGUGUCCGGACAUGAUAAUCAUCAAAUCGUCCGACGGCGUGCAAUUCUGCGUGAACACUUUCAUCCUCGGCCUGGUGUCGCCGCUCUUCCGCGACGCAUCGACGCUGCCACCACCCGCCGGCCCCGAGAAUACGCACUCGGACCUCCAGAUCCUUGACGCCACGGAAGACAGCCAGACGCUAGAGCGUCUGCUAUGCCUAAUAUACCCAGGCGAAUCUCCCAUAUUCACCAGCAUCGCGGAGGUCGGACCCGUGCUCAAGGCCGCCGCGAAAUACCAGAUCGUGCACAUCGUCGCGCAGCUCAGACGCGGGCUGACCGUCUUUGACGAUGCCCUGCGGCUGUACGCGAUCGCGUGCAGCCCCGAGCUGCAGUUUGAAGAGGAAGCUAGGGACGCCACACUUGAGUGGUGCGAGGAUCCCCGUGCGACGGUGCAAGACUACGUCCCCGACAUGGAUGCCAUCACGGCGGCACAGUAUUUCCGCCUGUUGGAGUUCCACAGUAUGCAUACGGUCGGGCGCGAUAUCAGCGAACCGUUCACGUUCUGCAACCCGCCGCCGAACACUGCCGCAGGAGAUGGAAUGCAAAGUGAUUUCAUAGUUCCCUCUUCAUUUGCGCAUCCGUCGAUCUCAUCUGAUACGGUGAUCCUUCGCUCUUACGAUUAUCACGAUUUUUACGUGAACAAGGUUGUCAUAGAGCUCGCCUCGGAGACGCUAGCGCAAAGGCUCGUUCACACAAGUCCCAGUGACUCGAUCUCUGACGACGGCCACCGCAUCAUCGCCCUCCCUCUCGAUGGCCGCACGCUGCUCCGCCUCCUGCAGCUCUGCUACCCCAAUUCCGAUCCCGCCACGGAGAGCUGGGACACCCUAACCGCCGACCUGCGACUCGCGCACGAGUACCAAAUCACCGGCGCCAAAGGCACGGCGAAGCGCAUGCUCAUGGAGCAUGUCGAAACACACCCGCUCCAAGUAUACCUACUUGCAGCGCACUACGGAUGGCCCGAGGAGUCGGCCCAUGCCGGGAAGUACGCGAUGCUCCUCUCGGCAGACAGCUACGUCCCGGAGAUGGAAUGCGUCUCCGCACGCAUUUACCGGCGCUUCUUGUUGCACCGUCAGGCAUGGAGGAGUGCCGUCGCUGAAGUGGCUUCCGAGCUCCUUGGAGGCUUGAGCCACAGGAUGGAGAAGCCGUACGGGUCGAUUUUCUGGAGCGAUUUAGAUGUGAGGCACCGGCCAGAGUAUCGGCUGCAUGUGCAUGCGUUGCUUUUGGGCACGAAUAUGUUGCGCAGGGCCGCAGGCGCGGGAGGAGGAGGAGGAGUGAGAUCGAGGAUCACGGAGGUGUUGUUCGCUGCUGCGGUCUCGCCGGCGCGUGAUAGUGCCAUCGAUGAGAAUCGCAUGCAGCGGGUCUUACGGAGGAUCUUGGAAAAGGCCCCCGAUGAGCUCUGAUCAGCCUCGAUAGUUUCGACCGUGGGACCUCCUCCAACUGAUGAGAGCAAGCGUUCUUGCAUUAUCACUUGCGUGCGUUGUAUAGUAGCAAUCCUUUUUGCUCACGGCAUUUUGCUAUUCCCGGAUUGAAUAUCGAUUCCCUCUCUUUCGUUCGCCUUGUACAUCUACGAAAUCUAAGUCUCGGAAACUAUUGGCUGCUCGUCGAGACAAGGCGUUGUAUAAGGAUCUGUGUCCCAUGUUUUGCUUGGUUAUAUGUUCUUCGUUUUCAUGUUUUGGGGCGGGAAUUUCUAUUGUAAGUUAGCGCUUCACAAGGAAUUCAUUAUACAGAAGACAGGGGUGUACUCGGA